GGGUGCAAUUGAUAUCAACAACAGUGGCAGGUACCAGGAUCCGGCACAGUAAUGUAAAAAUUCCGUAAAACAAGUCUCAGCUUGAAGAGGCUCACUGUAAGACACUGGUCCUUCUGGUCUACCUUCUCUCUUCUCUCUCUCCGUCAGGGAGAAAUCAAACCCAGAAACUACACUCAGAUUCACUCACUCCAUUUUUAACUCGAAUUCAACCACCAACACAUUCUCAGAAAAACUCCAUAGAUCUCCCACUCAAAUUCAACUCACAAACCCUAACAUCUGGGGUCUCCCUCUACCACAAUGGACAUACUAUUCGCUCAGAUCCAAGCCGACCUUCGCUCUUCAACGAUCGCUCUCGCGCCAAACCGCGCUCUCCUCCAGCAAUCCGCCGCCGGCCGCGACAUCUCCGUCAUCGCCAAAUCCGCCGUCGAAGAGAUCGUCGCCUCCCCUGCCUCCGCCAUCUCCAAAAAGCUCGCCUUCGAUCUCAUCCGCUCCACCCGCCUCACCACCGACCUUUGGGAAAUCGUCUGCACCGGCAUCCACACCGAUCUGGACUUCCCUGAUCCCGACGUCACUGCCGCCGCCGUCUCCAUCCUCGCCGCCAUCCCCUCCUACCGCCUCGGCAAACUCAUCGCCGAUUGCAACAAAGAAAUCUCCAACUGCUUCGAUUCGCCGAGUGAUAAUUUGCGAUUCUCAAUCACGGAAACCCUAGGUUGCAUUCUCGCCAGGGACGAUCUCGUGACGCUGUGUGAGAAUAAUGUGAAUUUGUUGGAUAGAGUUUCGAUUUGGUGGAGUAGGAUCGGGCAGAACAUGCUGGACCGAUCUGAUGCCGUGUCGAAGGUCGCGUUCGAGUCGGUGGGGAGGUUGUUUCAGGAAUUCGAGUCGAAGAGAAUGAGCCGGUUGGCUGGUGAUAAGCUUGUUGAUAGUGAGAAUUCAGUUGCCAUUCGAUCGAAUUGGGUUUCCUCCAUGGUUGAUUUUGUUUGGAGGAAGCGGAACGCAUUAAUGGCGAGGUCGUUGGUUUUACCCGUAGAGAGUUUCAGAGCAACUGUGUAUCCACUCGUGUAUGCAGUGAAGGCGGUGGCUUCGGGUUCUGUUGAGGUUAUUCGGAAGCUUUCAAAGUCUUCUAAAAAUGCUAACAGCAAUACGUUGGACUCCGGAAAUGCAGAGAGAUUUGUGGGAGUUUCCGAUGUGGUUUCGCAUUUGGCACCGUUUUUGGCUUCGUCGUUAGAAUCGGCAUUGAUUUUUGAGGUGGCAAUAAACAUGUUGUACUUAGCUGAUGUUCCUGGAGGGAAGCCUGAGUGGGCUUCACAAUCGAUAAUAGCAAUUCUCACACUUUGGGACAGGCAAGAAUUUUCUUCAGCUCGAGAAAGUAUUGUUAGAGCUGUUGUUACGAAUCUGCACCUUCUUGAUCUUAGUAUGCAGGUUUCUUUGUUUAAAAGGUUGCUUCUCAUGGUGAGAAACUUGAGAGCAGAAUCAGAUCGCAUGCAUGCUUUAGCAUGCAUCUGUCGGACUGCUCUUUGUGUUGACCUUUUUGCGAAGGAAAGUGUCCGAAGAGGUCAAAAACCUCUUUCAGGAACCGAUAUUGCUUCACUUUUUGAGGAUGCAAGGAUAAAAGAUGACCUCCUUACUUUAACAAGUAAAAGUUUAUUCAGAGAAGAAUUAGUUGCUACAUUGGUUGAAAGCUGCUUCCAGUUGUCCUUACCAUUGCCUGAACAAAAGAAUUCAGGUAUGGAGAGCAGAGUUAUUGGGGCAUUAGCAUAUGGAACUGGUUAUGGAGCAUUAAAUUGGACAGAACCAGCUUUGGAAGUUGUGGAAGUGUGUAGGCCAUGUGUUAAGUGGGAUUGUGAGGGUCGAACAUAUGCCAUUGAUUGUUAUUUGAAGUUGUUGGUUAGGCUUUGUCACAUUUAUGAUACUAGAGGAGGUGUCAAAAGAGUCAAAGAUGGAGCCUCUCAGGAUCAAAUUCUGAAUGAAACACGGUUACAGAACCUGCAACGUGAACUUGUGAAAGAUCUAUGCGAGGUGAAUACCCCUAGAAUUUGUGCUCGCCUUAUUUGGGCUAUUUCAGAACACAUUGAUUUAGAAGGUUUGGACCCUCUCCUUGCGGAUGAUCCUGAGGACCCCCUGAACAUUAUUAUAUCAAAUAUCCACAAAGUUUUGUUCAACAUAGACGCAUCUGCAACUUCAACAAAUAGACUUCAGGAUGUUCAGGCAGUUCUUCUGUGUGCUCAGCGUUUGGGUUCACGUCAUGCUAGGGCAGGGCAGUUACUGACCAAAGAACUGGAAGAGUUUAGAGGCAAUGGCUUAGCUGAUUCUGUCAACAAGCAUCAGUGUCGUUUAAUAUUGCAGAGAAUUAAAUAUGUUGCAAGUCACCCGGAUGGGAAGUGGGCUGGGGUUAGUGAGGCCAGAGGAGAUUACCCAUUUAGCCACCACAAAUUAACUGUUCAAUUUUAUGAAGCAUCUGCAGCGCAGGACCGAAAAUUGGAAGGGUUAGUUCACAAGGCUAUUUUAGAACUUUGGAGGCCCGACCCUAGUGAAUUAACUCUUUUGUUGUCAAAAGGAUUUGAUUCCAAGUUACUUAAGGUUCCACCAAGUGCAUAUACUUUGACUGGUAGUAGUGAUCCUUGUUAUGUUGAAGCUUAUCAUUUGACAGACUCGAGUGAUGGGAGGAUUACUCUGCACUUGAAGGUUUUAAAUUUGACUGAAAUUGAACUCAACCGGGUGGAUAUCCGGGUUGGGCUAUCUGGAGCGUUAUACUUCAUGGAUGGAUCUCCUCAAGCGGUGCGACAGUUGCGGGAUCUUAAUUCACAGGAUCCAGUACUGUGCAGUGUGACUGUUGGUGUCUCCCAUUUUGAGAGGUGUGCCCUAUGGGUUCAAGUCUUGUACUACCCUUUUUAUGGAAGUGCUCCCGGAGAUUAUGAAGGAGACUACGCAGACGAAGAUCCACAGAUCAUGAGACAAAAAAGAAGCAUGAGACCAGAAACAGGAGAACCUGUGAUUUUGAGAUGUCAGCCAUACAAGCUUCCACUGACUGAGCUUCUUCUGCCACAUAAAAUCUCACCUGUCGAAUAUUUCCGCCUAUGGCCUAGUUUACCUGCUAUAGUGGAGUACAUUGGUACGUACACAUAUGAAGGUAGUGGGUUUAAGGCCACUGCUGCACAGCAAUAUGGGUCUUCUCCUUUUCUAAGUGGACUGAAAUCUUUGUCUUCCAAGCCCUUUCAUAGAGUUUGCUCGCACAUCAUCAGAACAGUUGCUGGGUUUCAGCUUUGCCUUGCUGCGAAAACUUGGUAUGGAGGAUUUGUGGGCAUGAUGAUUUUUGGUGCCAGUGAAGUGAGCAGAAAUGUGGACUUGGGUGAUGAGACAACCGCCAUGAUAUGUAAAUUUGUGGUCCGUGCUUCGGAUUCAUCGAUCACGAAGGAGAUUGGAUCGGAUCUACAGGCUUGGUUGGACGAUCUCACGGAUGGGGGCGUAGAGUACAUGCCUGAAGAUGAAGUUAAGGUAGCUGCUGCCGAGAGGCUACGGAUCUCAAUGGAACGAAUAGCCUUACUAAAGGCAGCCCAACCGCCUCCCAAGAUUCCAAAAUCUGAUGAUGAAGAAGAAGAGGAUGAGGAAGAUGAGGAUAAAAAGAAGAAAAAGAAGGAAGAUGGCGGGGAGGAUGGCAAGACCAAGGGACCUUCGACUCUGUCAAAGUUAACUGCUGACGAGGUUGAGCAUAUCGCUCUCCAGGCAGCAGUACUACAGGAAUGGCACAUGCUUUGUAAAGAUAGAAGCAACAAAGCCAAUUAGCUUAAAUUGUUUGCUUUUUUGGUUCAAUCCAAAGUUUUCUUUGUAAUCUUUGUAUUUCUAUGUUUUUUUUUCGCUUUGGUUGAUCUUGAUGAAUGGGUAGAUGGCGAAAUCUGACUAUAGAGUGAGUGCUUUACAGUUUUUUUUGGUUUUGUUUUUUCAUUCUUCUCUCUCAAUGUGUAAUUUGUUUUUCUUUUUUCUUUUGACAUGUAAAUCUACCAGCUAGCCAUUGUCUGUUGUUCUUAAAGAUUGAGACAUGUUAUGCGGUUACAGAUCUCAAUGGCUGAUUGAUUUCUGCUGGCAAACUUGAGUCUUGUAGGCACAUUGAUUGAUUGUGGUAUAAAUUUAGAAAACAGUUCCAAUCGGUAAAAGCUA